UUCGCUAACUUGUGGCUGUUGUGAUGCGUAUUCCCGUAGAUCCCAGCACCAGCCGGAGGUUCAGCCCCCCCUCCAGCAGCCUGCAGCCCGGCAAGAUGAGCGAGGUCAGCCCGGUGGUGGUAGCCCAGCAGCAGCAGCAGCAGCAGCAGCAACAGGACGCGGCGGCCGCCGUGCCCCGGCUGCGCCCCCACGAUAACCGCACCAUGGUGGAGAUCAUCGCUGACCACCCCGCCGAGCUGGUCCGUACCGACAGCCCCAACUUCCUCUGCUCCGUGCUGCCCUCGCACUGGCGCUGCAACAAGACCCUCCCGGUGGCGUUCAAGGUGGUGGCCUUAGGAGAAGUGCCCGAUGGGACGGUGGUGACCGUCAUGGCUGGAAACGAUGAGAACUACUCUGCAGAGCUGCGAAACGCUUCUGCCGUGAUGAAGAACCAGGUGGCCAGAUUUAAUGACUUACGAUUUGUGGGCAGAAGUGGAAGAGGGAAGAGCUUUACUUUGACAAUAACUGUCCUGACAAAUCCCCCCCAAGUUGCUACAUACCACAGAGCUAUAAAGGUUACAGUGGAUGGGCCAAGAGAGCCAAGAAGGCACAGACAGAAGCUUGAUGACUCUAAACCUAGUUUGUUCUCUGAGCGCCUCAGUGAUUUAGGGCGCAUUCCUCAUCCCAGUAUGAGAGUAGGGGUCCCGACCCAGAGCCCACGGCCCUCUCUGAACUCUGCACCAAGUCCUUUUAAUCCUCAAGGACAGAGUCAGAUUACAGACCCCAGGCAGGCGCAGUCAUCCCCGCCAUGGUCCUAUGACCAGUCUUACCCAUCCUACUUGAGCCAGAUGACUUCACCGUCCAUUCACUCCACAACUCCCCUGUCCUCCACUCGAGGCACGGGACUUCCAGCCAUUACCGAUGUGCCCAGACGCCUCUCAGGUGCUUCAGAGCUGGGCCCAUUUUCAGAUCCCAGGCAGUUCACAAGCAUUUCAUCCCUCACUGAGAGCCGCUUCUCCAACCCACGAAUGCACUAUCCAGCCACCUUUACCUAUACACCGCCAGUCACCUCAGGCAUGUCACUGGGUAUGUCCGCAACCACUCACUACCACACCUACCUACCACCUCCCUACCCCGGCUCUUCCCAAAACCAAAGUGGACCUUUCCAGACCAGCAGCACUCCAUAUCUCUACUAUGGCACUUCGUCAGGAUCAUACCAGUUCCCCAUGGUGCCGGGAGGGGACCGCUCCCCUUCCAGGAUGCUCCCGCCGUGCACCACCACGUCCAACGGCAGCACACUGCUAAACCCUAACUUGCCCACCCAGAGUGACGGGGUGGAGGCGGAUGGCAGCCACAGCAGCUCCCCAACCGUCUUGAAUUCUAGUGGCAGGAUGGAUGAGUCCGUUUGGAGGCCGUACUGAGAUUUCUUCCGUAGCCGGCCCGACCUCCGCAAGCCAAAAACAAAAAUUCACCAAACCACCAAACAGUCGACUAACUACGAAGUGCCUGUUUUUUGUUUCUUUUUUUUUAAAAAAAACCAGAUUUUACCAAUAUGUGCAACUGUGUAGAUGGGAUGAUAAUGGCCAUAAAUAACACAAGAGUUACCAACAUACCACAACCCAUGUUUCAGAUUAUGUGAAUCAAAACACAUAUUUUCUUUUUCUUUUUUCCCCUUGGAAGCAUUUUACCUUGUUUUAUAUUUAAAAUGUACUUCCUACACACACACAGACACAAAAAAAAUCACCCCCUCCUUUUAUUUUCUUUCUUUUUUUUUUUUGGUAUUUUUUCUUCUACUUUUUUUCCCCUAGAGUUUUGUAAUAACUAGUGAGUACUUUUGCCAACAAGGAGAGAACGGACUCCCCGGCUAUCAGGAGAAACAUGGUGAUGCAAGGCAAAGGCUGCAUUCCCUUUUAUUUUAAUAGAAAACCAGAACUAGCCAUGAACUCCAGAUACAGUUGCAAUCAUACAACGUAUGGGACCCUCUCCACACCUGUAGUGCAAUUCACCUGGUUUGUAUUGGUGCACAUAAAAAGGAAAGCAAAGAGCAAGUUGCUUCCAUUUUGCUAUGAUCCAUUCAGACGAAAACAGCUGUCCCAAAAAACUCUGUCCGAGCCUUGCUGUGCAUAACGGUUGGAAUUUCUGUGUUCAUUGCUUUCUUGGUUUGUUUUUGGGUACUUAAAGAGAAUGAGUUUUCAAGUUAGGUGAGCCAACCCCAGGGUUUCCUUUUUGCUUUUGUAUCCGUUCGUUUUGCCUUCGAUUAGCCAAAAACCAAAAAUAAUAACCAAAACCUUGAAAAACAA